AUGAGCGAUAAUUUUUUUAUACCCACCUUUGAACAUAUCUAUGAACAAAGCAUCCCCCCGCCUUUAAUUAAACAUUCAAGAAAAUGCAAAAAUUAUAAUAAGAAAAGAAAAAAUAUUAUCAAAUACACAUCUCAAGAUAUUUGUGUAGAACAAAGAAAUUACGACAAAGAAAAUAAGGAACAUAAGUAUGUAUGUAUAAAUUUUCAUACGUUCAACAAAAAAUGUUAUCAUAAAAAUAUCCGACUAUUAGACCAUACACAUUUGGAUUUCACCUUAGGGGAAUCUCUAAUGUAUCUUCUUAAUGUAUAUUUACAAAAUAAAAUUAUAACUAAGCAUUUGUAUAAUAGAAUGUUCUAUUCGUUUCAGCUGGCAAUCAUUGAAGUAAUAAGUAAACUCAAAGAAGGAAAAGAAUAUAAGUGGAAUAUAAAAGGGAAAUUAAUAAAUUCGAAAAAAGAAAAUAAUAUACAAAUUGUUUAUAUAGAAAAUGCAUUUCUGUCCUUUAAAAGUAUAGUAUUACAUGCCCCUUUGUUAAAAAUUAAAUCUAUAGAUAUAUAG